GUCGACAUCGUGAGACAUGUCAUGGGCGCGGCGGCCUCAGGUGGAUGGUUCUUCUCCGAGACAGUGCAGGUGGUCCUUGUGCUAAAUGAUGCGCGGAACGUCAGCCUACUUCCUGGAGAGGAGCUCAGUGCGUUGAUCCACUUGGAUCCCAACGACAGCGGCAGCUACGUCUUGACCAGGGAGUGUCCGGCCAACUUGUCGGUGAGCUCCACCAAGAUCCUGGCGGUGGAGUUCCGCGGCAUCGUCCAGGGCCUGCAGGACACCGCCAGAUGUCUGGGGGAGAUCACGCUACCGCUGCAUCACAUCGCCAGGCAGUGUGCUGGAAACCUGGUCCAAGUCUGGCUGCCCCUCCAGCCUUCGUUGCUGGCACAGGAGGAGGAGCACAUCGAGCACUUUGACAAGGCCUUGCUGAAAGCUGCCAGAGACCCUCGGAAGCCCAUGGUGUGCAUUAGUUUGUACGCCGGGAGCAUUCCGCAAGCCAGCAAGGACUAUUUGUUCAAAGCUCCGGCAAGUGAGAAGGCCAAGCGCUUCUUGGGCCUUCAACAGUCGCACAGUCAGCAUGCGAGGAUGCUCCAGGCGUUGUACCGAGAGGUUCGCAGCCAGGCGCACCAGUCGGCUCUGGACUCGUCCAACCGCUCCAAGGACGGCUUGGCGGAUUCCUGGUCCCGGCGCGAGGCCUUUGACCUGCCAAGCCCCGAGAUGCGUAACUUGAGCGAGAAAGAGGCUUCGCCCCGAGUGCUGCAGGAGACCAUGGCUUCCUUGAGGGAAGAAAUCAAGGAGACGACAGCAGCUGCCAACGAACGCAUCAACAAGGCUGGAGAGAACAUCGCGACGCUGAAGGAGAUGAUCAACGACAAGCAGGUGGAGCUGAUUCAAAGGAAGAAGGAGGUCCAACGCCUCUGGCAUGACGCUGAGUCGGUCAAGCUGGAGAACGAGAAGCUGGAGGUCCAGCUGGCCCGGGCAUCCAUGCGCAGCCCCACAGCCGCUGAGGGAGCCGAGGUCGAUGGCCUCCGAAAAGAGGCGCAGAACCUGGCCACUCAGAAGGAGGCACUUCUGCUGAUCCUUCGAGACUUCUACGGCGCGAUGGGGCAGGAGCCACCGGCAUUGUCGACAAUGGUGAGCAAACACCAGUCGAGGACCAAGAAGGAGCCCGAGAAGGCCGCAGAGCCGAGUGGCUAUGCUCAACAGGAGCAGGCGCGUUCUGAGGCAUGGACCAACAUGCUGCCGCGGCCCAGUGAGCUGUUGCUGUCUGGAAUGCUAGAAGAGAGGUGCUCCUUGAGCCGCUGAUGCGCAAAACAUGGCGCCAUCGAUCAAAGAAACUGGUGCGGUGC